UGAAUGAAUGAACAUUGCACAGUUUACUACCAAUACCUCUAUAGAGCGGUUACACUCCGAGCUUCGCUGUCGACCGGACAAGAUAGGUCGAUAGUCCGUCUGGAUGCGAUGUUAAGUGUUUAAAAUUUAUGGCUAAAAGAGUUUUAAUGUUAUUUGUUUAUUUGAUUGAACACUAAUUCCUCGUUUAUUGUAACACAAACGACUGAAACAUUCUGACACCAGGAUUUAUUAAAAAAAAACUCAGGUCUACAAUAUGCUCGGACGUGUUUAAAAUAGUUUAGUGUUCAUUGAUUGAAUUAUUUUAAAGUUUAAAUAAGCAUUGCAUAUAAAGGCUAAGACGUUUAAUAGCAUGGAGUCAAUUAACUCUGCGGAUACAAAGACAAGGGGCAACAACAAUAACACAGGCAAUGGAACUGCGUCGCCGAAAUAUAAGUUGAUAUAUUUCGACCUUCGGGGACGGGGCGAAAUACCGCGGCUACUUUUUACAGCGGCAGGAGUGGACUUUGUCGAUGAGCGGAUUGAUGACCAAGAAAAAUGGUUCAAAGUGCUGAAAGCAAAGAUGCCACAGCGUGCUCUGCCAGUACUGGAGGUUGAUGGGAAGAAGCUGUCACAGAGCCUGACCAUAUGUAGAUACCUCGCCAGAGAAUUUGGUUUGAUUGGCAAAUCCAGCUGGGAGCAAGCACGUGCCGAGGAGGUAAUGGACACAAUGGAUGACUUGAGGGGCGAAGUGGCUAAGUGGAUACACGAACAGGAUCAGUGCAAAAAGGCAGAAAUUGAAGAAAGAUUAAAAGAUGAAAUAUAUCCAAAGUUCACAAAUAUUCUAGACACAAUCCUGAAGGAAAACGUCGAAAACAACAACAGGAGUGGAUACUUUGUGGGAGACAAUCUGUCAGUUGCGGAUCUCAGCGUCUUUGAGACCUUCACUUUUCCUCUGACCAUUCACCCUGGAAUCCUUGACGACCACCCGGAGUUGUUGGACCAUCGUGAGCGUAUCCAAACACAUGCACUAUUGGCUGACUACAUAACGAACCGACCUCCUAGACCAGUUUGAUAUGCAACACGCCUUUGACUGGGACAUUUGUGGUUACUGUAAUCAUAUGUUUACAUUGCGGUCUUAUAUGUUGUGAUAUGUUUAUGUUUCAUUAAAGAUGCAUUUGCAUGCGUCGUUUUCAUUCAUCAGAAACAAAAACACGCACAUGGCAGUGUUAUCAAGGAGUCCAAUAAAAGAGAGGAACGUUAUGUCAGGCUACAAACAUAUGUUUAUAAUCCUCAAAUUAAAAUGAGCAUUGUGAUAAUGAACCUUGCAUCCUAUAUCUUAAAGUUUAAUUUAGCCUGAGCGGUUUUCUUGCUGUUGUCAUACGAUUUGUAAUAUAGAUGAUACCAAAUGUAGAUCUUUUUCGAUUGGUGGGUUUAGUUCAAUUGUUAGAGAUGCCUUCCACGAUGUAGAAGGAAGUAUCCUUAUGCAUCAUGCAUUGUUUAGUUCUAUAGACAUACUGUACAUUUCAGUAAUGAACGGACUGCAUUUCUUUUUUGAGAAUCGACUUACAUUACCUAGGGUAAUGGGAGUUGUUUUGAAUUAUCUACCUCUAUAUAAAUGUAACAUUUGUAUUUUUAUUUUGUUAUGUGUACAUGUUGUGUAUGAAUAUAUACCAUUUUUAAAUAUUAUUUAGUCACAACUGUCAUUUUGUGCGGAAACAACAUGUUGCGGAUAUUUAUGAUUUAUCGUUGUCUGUUACAGUGUAUGGUUUGCAGCUUCUAAUAACGUUUUUGUAUGUUUUAUCCCAUCAUCAUAUUGGCAUUGUCGAAAUAAACCUACGAAAAACACA